CACCCUGCUUCAGCCCUGCAGGGGCAGAGCCUGCAGUGAAGCUGCAGCUCCCACCGCCCCGGCAGCCCCCUGCUCCUGCCUGCACCCUGCGGCUCUGCCUUCCCUGGUCCGAGCUCACUGGGGGCCAGGGGGCUGCCCCUGGAUCCUGAUGGCAGUGGGCGCUUUUCUCCCCAGGGCUCCAGGCUGGGACACACCUUGUCCUCCUGCCCGCCAUGGUGGCGAUGCUUCUCCUCUGUGUGAGCGCUGGCCCAGCAGCACCCACCCCUGGGUCCCGGAGUGGGUUCCCUGCAGACUGCAGCCACCUCCACAAGAACAGCCCCAGUGGGGUGUACGUCAUCCAGCCAGCAGCGUCACCCCCACGUGUGGUGUGGUGCGACAUGGACACCGAAGGCAAGGGCUGGACGGUUGUCCAGAGAAACUCUCACGACACUGAGCUCAUGUGGAAGCAGUCCUGGACCACCUACAAGUACGGCUUCGGGAACGUGCAGGGUGAUCACUGGCUGGGCACCGAGUACCUGCACCUGCUGACACAGCAGGGCACCUACAAGGUCCGCUUCAUUGUGCGGAAUAAAGCCAACGUCACCCAUUACGCCGAGUAUGACAUCUUCAGAGUGGAGAACGAGGCCAGCGGGUACCCACUGAGGCUAGGCCGGUUUUCUGGUGAUGGGGAUGACUAUCUGACCAGCUAUCACCCCAAGAAGGGGGGCAUUCAUGACAACAUGAAGUUCAGCACAACUGACAGGGACCAGGACCAGUACAGUGGGAACUGUGCCAACAGCUACGGUGGCUGGUGGUACGACAGGUGUCAGAAUGUCCUGCUCAAUGCCAAAAACCACAUCCUCUGGCCAGGAUUCUGUGAUAAUGGCGACUGCGCAUCCUCCCUCAUCCUGGUCAAACCCACAGACGUGUGCUGACCGUGCCACAGCGCCCAGCCUCCUGGGGGUUUGGGGAAGUGCCACCCUCCCCAGCUCAGUGCCCCGUUCCCGUGCCUGCCAACAGCCCCGUGCCAACCCUGGGACACA